GGCGUUGUCCAAUUUUUCUGUCACAUUUUCCAUAAUAUCAAUCCUCACUGGCAUAACAACACUGUUUAACACUGGCCUUGAAUUUGGAGGCCCAGUGACCAUGAUAUAUGGAUGGCCCAUAGCUGGUGGAUUCACUCUGGUGGUUGGCCUUGCUAUGGCUGAGAUCUGCUCCGCCUAUCCUACCUCUGGUGGACUAUAUUUUUGGAGUGCUAGGCUCUGCGGAGACCAGUGGGGGCCUUUUGCUUCAUGGAUCACUGGCUGGUGA